AUGAAGCUGCCAUUUGCAGAACCGACGUUCCCUCCGACGCCUCCCAGGUCCCCAAUCCAAUGGACCGGCAGGUUCAGCGCUCCGAUCAUCUCUCACGUUUCCGACGAACCCAAGCGAUCUAUUGACCACCUACCACCCGAAAUCAUCUGCAUGGUCAUGGGCAAUCUCACGUCGAGGUUCGACCUGCGGAACUUGGGAGCCAGCUCGUUCUACUUGGCGGCCGUGCUCAACCAACACAGGAUUUCCAUUCUCAAGACGAUGCUGGGCAAGAUGCUGGACCCGUCCAACUUGGACAUCUGCCUGCUGACCAUGGGCAUCCUGCAAGUCAGCCGCAAGGGUGACGAGGUUUGGCAGUGCCUGUGGGCUCUCUCGCAACGCCCGACGCUGGACGCGAUCCACGACGCCGAGACGCUCUGCAGCAUGCUCGACCUGACGCUGUACAUUGAGUACAUGCUGACCAUUUACACUUAUCCCAAGCAUCCAGACGGCUUCUGGAGACGCGCGCUGCGCAAGUACGCCAACCGCUGGCCUGAGGGCAACGUUCCCGACGGCUUCGUCUCCAUCAACUCCAAGACAAAAGAGGAGCUGCAACAAGUUGCCUCCCGGCUCUGGAACGUGCGAGACGCCGCCCUGGGUAACAGCCCCGACGCGGAGCCCCGGGCCGAGCACUCAGCCGAGCUCAUGACGCUGUUCCAGCGGGAGAUGUUUUCCGCGGAGCUGAAGCUGCGCUGCGACCUGGUGGCACAGCUGGGCCACAGCGUGCCCGAGUGGAUGUGCGAAGAGGCGCCCGGCGACGGCGUGCAGAGCUUCCUCGAGCUGCUCGUGCACGCCAUGGCUCGCUGCUGGAACCGCGACGACGGCGAGGUGUGGACGGAGAUGAACCGCUCGUCGUGGGCCGAGGGCAGAGCGCUGGGCAUUCGCUUCUACAUCUGCCUGGCCAUGUUCAUGCCGCAUUCCGCGAGCGCCGACGACGUCGACGAGAUUUGCACUGCCAUUGAAUCGUUCAUGUCGUACUAUCGGACUCCCGACAUCUGGGGCGAGGCGUAUCAGUGGUUCUUUGAGUUUCAUGACGCCGCGUGGGACGGGCUGUGGAAGCACACAUUGGAAUUUUGCCGGCAGUUGGAUGACGGGCUUGUGGAUGACAUUAAUGGAGGGACUGAUUACUUUUGA